AUGGCGGUGGCGAUCCGUUGCUUUGCUUCUCCGCCACCUGAUCUCUUCGUUUCCGCCAAAUCUCAUCUCCCCGGGAAAGGGAAGUUGCCUUGUGGGCUGUUCAAAGUAGACAAGUCGAUGUUACCAUUAUCAUCUAGAGAUGCCUCUAUCGUACCUUAUGUUACUAGGCCAAUAUUACUGGGUAGAAAUCAAAGGCAUUCGUCCAGUGAAAAUCGAGAUGUGCUUCUUAACCUAUUUUCAGCUCAUCAGGGACAAAUGUACUUAAGAUCUUCAGCAGUAGCAUUGUUGACUAAUGCUUUCGUCAUGGCUGCUCCUUCUGAAGCCCUGGCUCAAACAUGUGAGGCUGACAGCAACUCUUUCAUGACCAUGCCCGUGCUACUGUUUGUCGCUGUGGUUGGAGCCACUGUUGGAGGUUUGCUCGCACGGCAGAGGAAAGGAGAACUGAAGCGUCUGAACGAGCAACUACGCCAGAUCAAUGCUGCCCUAAGAAGACAAGCCAAGAUAGAGUCAUACGCCCCCACGCUUAGCUAUGCACCUGUUGGCAGCAGGAUCUCAGAUGAAGUGAUAAUUGAUUCGAGGAAGCAAGAACUGAUCUCCCGUUUGAAGAGUGGGAAGAACUAUUUGAGGAACCAAGAUCCGCAGAAGGCCUUCGAUGAGUUCAAGGCAGCCCUUACACUUGCUCAAGAUUUGAAUGACCCCAUAGAGGAGAAAAAGGCUGCAAGAGGCUUAGGAGCCUCACUGCAAAGGCAGGGGCAGUAUCUGGAUGCGAUACAGUACCAUAUGAUGGUUCUGGCGAUAUCAAAGAGGGAAGGGGAAGAGUCUGGUAAUACGGAAGCUUAUGGAGCUAUUGCGGACUGUUACACUGAACUUGGAGACCUUGAGCAAGCUGGGAAGUUCUAUGAUCAGUACAUUGCAAGACUUGAAACGGACUGA